UGGAGAUGAUGUUUGGGAGUGAAAGCGGCUUGGUGUCGGCGCUCCUCGCGCUUCUCCGCUCCGUGGUUCCGGCGCUGCUGCUGCUCGCGCUGUCGCGGCGGCUCUGGGCGCUCAGGUGGAGCGCGGCCCGGGACACGGCGUGCGCGCUCCCGCUGCCGGAGGGCUCCAUGGGCUGGCCGCUGAUCGGAGAAACCUUCCACUGGCUCUUUCAGGGUUCCAGCUUUCACAUCUCCAGGCGAGAGAAACACGGCAAUGUCUUUAAGACUCACCUCCUGGGGAAACCCGUGAUCCGCGUGACUGGCGCUGAAAACAUUCGUAAGAUCCUGCUCGGUGAGCACACACUGGUGAGCACACAGUGGCCACAGAGCACGCGCAUCAUCCUUGGACCGCACACGCUCGUCAACUCCGUCGGUGAGCUGCACAAGAAGAAAAGAAAAAUCCUGGCGAGAAUGUUCAGCCAUGCAGCACUGGAGACGUAUCUGACGCGCCUUCAGGAUGUGGUGAAGGGUGAAAUCAGUAAGUGGUGUGCUGAGGCUGGCCCUGUGGAAGUUUACUCUGCUGCGAGGUCACUCACGUUCCGCAUCGCUGUGCAUGUCCUGCUUGGCCUGAAGCUCGAUGAGCAGCGCAUCACUCACCUCUCCAAGACCUUUGAGCAGCUCAUGAACAACCUGUUCUCUCUGCCUGUGGAUGCACCUCUCAGCGGCCUGCGCAAAGGGAAAAAAGCACGAGACAUUCUGCAUGCAGAGAUGGAGAACAUCAUCAAUGAGAAACUGAAGAAGCAGAACACGAACGAGUACUGUGAUGCUUUCGACUACAUACUGAGCGCUGCGAAGGAAAACGAUUACAACCUGACCUUGCAGGAGCUCAAGGAAACAGCAGUGGAACUGAUUUUCGCCGCACACUCCACCACAGCGAGCGCGUCCACAUCGCUCAUACUUCAGCUGAUGCGCCAUUCUGAAGUCACAGAGCGUGCAAGGGCCGAACUGGAGGCUGCAGGUUUAAUUGUGGAUGCUCCAAGCUCUUGUUGCUUAUGCUGUAAUGAAAACAGCAACACAUGCUCAAACAGUGAGGCUGAAAAGUCCGCAAAUGACAUGACACGGCCCGGUCUUAAAUCCAAACCUCCGCUCGAUAUAACAACCUGCCCUGACAGACAAGGUCAUCGAUCGUGGAUCAACGUCCCAUAUUUGAGUCUGGAGAAACUCAAUCAGCUGUGCUACUUAGACUGUGUGGUGAAGGAGCUGCUUAGAUUUCUACCACCAGUGUCUGGGGGAUACAGGACAGUGCUGCAGACGUUUGAGCUGAACGGUUAUCAGAUCCCAAAAGGCUGGAGCGUCAUGUACAGCAUCCGUGACACACAUGAGACUUCAGCUGCCUACACAAGCCCAGAGCUGUUUGACCCCGAGCGCUUCGCCACUGAUCGGGACGAGAGCAAGAACAGUCGGUUCAGCUAUGUGCCAUUCGGUGGUGGAGUUCGCAGGUGCAUCGGCCGCGAGCUUGCCCUGCUCGUGCUCAAAACACUCAGCGUGGAGCUGUUGGCCACAGCCGAGUGGACGCUGGCCACAGAGACUUAUCCCAGCAUGCAAACAGUGCCCAUCGUUCACCCAGUCAACGGACUCCAUGUCCAUUUCAACUACAGGAAUUACGCGGGUGGGAGAAACCGCAGGGAGUCCACACACAUAUAAAAAAAAAAAAAAAAACAUAUUUAUCAGUUACAUUUAUGAGUUCACAUCAUGAUUUUUGAACUGCACUGGAGUUUUUUUCCACCAGUCCAUUAACAGUAUCAGCCCACAAAGGGUGGCUGAAGUACAUUUCAAAAAGAAUUGAUCUUAAAAGAGUCAUCAAAAAGUCCAGGCAGUAACACUGAGGAUGUCUGCUGCUAGCAAAUCAAUAAACGCCUAACCUGUCUAGGCCCAGUUUUGUAGAAAGGAAAAAUAGAUAAACGAACAGAGAACAAGGACAGAUGCAGAAUCAUGAUCAUUGAGGGAGAAAAGACUGGAUAUUGAUAUAACGGAGCUGCUUAUACAGAACCCAUACAUAGGGAUGCUGUAAUAAGAGGAAAGCUCGAAAUGGUUCAGUGUGCCCUGAGCUAAAUAAGGGCCCUGGAAUAUGCAUCUAAAGCCAAUGACUGUAGAAGUGGUGAACUGCUUUUCUCAAGAUGCUUAGGAUUUGUAACCCCUCUAGUGCUACAUACAGUUUGUCAAGAAUGCAUGGUCAUUUGGUUGGACAGUCUUAAGUACUAUUUGUGUGGGAUUAGAUUUCCGGACGGUCUGUUAAAGUAUAGCUGAAGGAGGACGUCUGUAACAAUUGUGAUUUUGCAGGGGAUAAGCAAUCCUGUCUUUUCUAUAUACAGUCCUCUCUGACAAUAUUGGAACGACAAGGCCAAUCCAUUUGUUUUUGCUUUAUACAAGACAUUUGGGUUUGAGAUCAAAAGACGAAUAUGAGACGAUAGAUCAGAAUUUCAGCUUUAAUUUCCUGAUAUUUACUAGAUGUGUUAAUCAACCACCCAACUGUUAGGUGGGCAAAAGUAUUGGAACAGAUAGUCUUAAAGUAAAUAGCACUUAAUAUUUGGUUGCAUAUCCAUUGCUUGCAAUAACUGCAUCAAGCCUGCGACUCAUUGACAUCAUCAAACUGUUGCUUUCUUCUAUUGUGAUGAUUUUCCAGGCUUGUACUGCAGCUUCUUUCAGUUGUCAUUUGUUUUGGUGGCUUUCUCCCUUCAGUCUCUCCUUCAGGAGGUGAAAUGCAUGCUCAGUUGGGUUAAGGUCUGGUGAUUGACUUCACCAGUCUAAAACCUUCCACUUUUUUCCCCCUGAUGAAGUCCUUUGUUGUGUUGGCAGUGUGUUUUGGGUCAUUGUCUUGCUGCAUGAUGACGUUCCAUAGACUGGAUGCAUUUCUCUGUAAAUCGGCAGACAGAAUGUUUCUGUAGACUUCUGAAUUCAUAGUUCUGCUACCACCAUGAGUUACAUCAUCAAUAAAGAUUAGUGAGCCUGUUCCAGAAGUAGCCAUGCAAGCCCAAGCCAUGACACUACCUCCACCAGGGUUGACUGAUGAGCCUGUAUGUUUUGGAUCAUGAGCAGAUCCCUUCUUUCCCCAUACUUUGGUAGAGGUUAAUCUUGGCUCCAGAACUUUUGUGGCUCAUCUCUGUAUUUCUUUGCUAAUUCUCAUAUUCAUCUUUUGAUCUCAAACCCAAAUGUCUACGGUGUAUAGCAAAAACAAAAGAAUUGGCCUUGCCGUUCCAAUACUUUCAGAGGGAAAUGAAUGCAUAGUCAUCAUGCCAAACAUUCCAUACUUAAUAUAUACACCUCAUUUUAACACAAACUGAUUGUUUUGAAUUUUAUUAUAACCACUUGUUUUAGGGCUUGAUCGUUACUAGGUCACAUGACCAUAACACGUAUGUAGGCUGUGCUAGGAAUGUAAUAACUUGCCUAAAAUCCCUAGAAGCAUCACUUCUCUGACAUGUUCAUUUAAAUAUCAUUUAUAUAAUAUUGUUCUUCAUUUAUUUUUACUGGUCAUUUUUUAGAACGUAAUAGAUGGAGUUAUCUUUCUAGAUGCAUUCACACACAGUUUACUGACAUGAUGGAUUCAGAUGGGACUAAAAUUCCAAUUAUUACACACCAGUAACAACAAUACAUUACCCCACCUCCUCAUGUAAAACUAAUCCAGUCCGAGUUGGGCUUUAAAGGUACUUAAACGUCUGAAUAACUUUUCUUUUUAAUUAACCAAGCGCUUGUUAGAGGAAAACUAACCACUCUUUUCAUUACACAUAUUGUUUUUACUCUCAUGUGUAUGUGACAUAUAAACAAAAUAUUUUGUUUUGUUUGGUAAAUGAAGUAGGAAUUUAAAUAAGCUCUAUUUAUGAUGCAUUUUUAAGUAGAGGAAAUACCAAAAAAAAAAAAAAAAAAAGAAUCUGUAGUUACUAGGCUUACUACACUAACAUGGAAUAGCUGUCUGUCUUUGUUGGCUUCCAGAUGUUUACGGUAGUACGUAGAAAUGUGGUAUCAUUUCCCACUGUGUUAACAUGCUAUUAAUUAACUACGUUUAUUCCAGAUGUGUACGAUAGUACGUUGAUGUAUGGCAUCUUUUCUCACCGCAUUAACAUGCACAGAAAUGUGGCAUCACUUCACACAGAGUUAACACGCUAUUAAUUAUGUUUAUUCUGAUUGCAAACUGUGAAUAAGGGUCCUUAUAGAAGGAUCAGUCUAAAACAGGGAAGGAGAAACCAGCAGCACUUUUACAAGGUUUUUUUUUUUGUAUAUUUGUAAUAAUAAUUGUAUGUGAGUUACUUCUAAUGUUUGUGCAUGUCUCCAUAGACACUUGCUCAGUAUUCUUUAAUAUCUUCUAUAGGCUCUAAAUAUGCCUAUGGCUGACUGGCAUUCAGUGUUUCUCCCACUAAGUAAAACUUGUUAAUAAAAAUGCGCUGGGUUUA